AUGACCGCCAAAAUAAACCGAUUUCGCUUUGGCGAUUCCGAUGAGUCCUCUUCCGAGUUCGACGAUGAUACGUCCGGCCUCCCGUUCCCCGAACCUCUCUCGCGCGCUUCAUUCCUCUCCCCGGACUUCGACCCCGCGACUUACCUCUCUUCAUUGACCAAUCGGCACCAGAGCCUCGAAGACCUGCGACAGGAACUGCGGGAACUCGAUCAAUUGCUCAGCAGACAACUGCUAGAUCUGGUCAAUGAGAACUAUCAGGAUUUUCUAUCCCUGGGGAGCGCGCUGCAGGGCGGGGAGGAAAAGGUUGAGCAGGUCCGCGUUGGGCUGCUUGCGUUUCAGAGGGAUGUCCAGUCGAUUCGGGAUAAGGUUGAGACGAGACAGAAAGAGGUUGAGGGUUUACUGAAUGAGAAAAAGCGGCUCAGAGCGAAUGCGAAUAUCGGGCGCGCGUUGCUGGAUUUUGCGGAUCGGGUCGAGGAGCUGGAGAAGCGGUUGAUGAUUGGUGAACAUAAUACAGGCGAAAAGGGUGCAGACCAAUCUGAAUCAGAGUCAGACCUGCUGGAGACUGACGACGAGGGAGAGACUGAUGAUGAUGGUCAAGCUGGCGAAAGUACAACUCUCGUCUCUCUCAAGCGGCUGGAACAUCAUUUACAGAAAUACGUAUACCUGACACGGCUGUCAUCCCGGAUUGGAAACGACCAUCCGUUUCUACUCGCACAGCAGCAGCGCAUGUCCAAGAUUCGCUCCGCGUUGCUUCUGGAUCUGAAGAAGGCCCUGGAACAAGCGAAACACGCGGGAGAGCGACGGGAUACCAAGGCGCUGGCCGUUUUGCGUCUCUACAAGCUCAUGGGAGAAGACACAAACGCGGUCUCUGCUUUGAAGAACCUGACAAUAUAG